CACAGGGCGAUGACGCAAAAUUUACGCGCGUGUAACCUUGUCUUCCUAAUCAGUAGUGUUUUUAAAUCAGGCGUGGAUACGUUAGUUCGUUUUUGAUUGUUUUUUUUUUUUAUUCCGAAGUUAUGAGCAGAUAUAUUUUACCCGUGUCUGUCUUUGGAACAGUGUUUGGAUGCGCUGUUUUACUGAAAGACCGCAUGACUGGAGGCCGGUGUCCUAGUAAGGCUACCAUUAAUGAAAAGACUGUGGUUAUAACAGGAGCUAACACAGGCAUUGGAAAAGAGACUGCCCGAGAACUGGCUAGAAGAGGUGGUCGGAUUAUUAUGGGAUGUCGCGAUAUGGAGAAGUGCGAAGCGGCUGCAAAGGAAAUUCGGGGGAAAACCCUGAAUCCUCACGUUUAUGCACGUCGCCUCGACCUGGCCUCCAUGAAGUCAAUCCGAGAGUUUGCAGAGAGGAUCAAACAAGAGGAGCCGCAUGUGGACAUACUGAUAAACAAUGCUGGGGUCAUGAGGUGUCCACAGUGGAAGACAGAGGACGGCUUUGACAUGCAGUUUGGAGUGAAUCACUUAGGCCACUUCUUACUGACAAAUCUUCUGCUGGAUAAGUUGAAAGAGUCCGCCCCCAGCAGAGUGAUCAACCUGGCCUCUCUCGCCCACAUUGUUGGAAAGCUUGACUUUGAGGACUUGAACUGGGAGAAAAAGAAGUUUGAUACCAAGCAGGCGUACUGUCAGAGCAAGCUUGCCAAUGUUCUGUUCACCAGAGAGCUCGCCAAGCGAUUACAAGGCACAGGAGUCACAGUGAAUGCGGUGCACCCGGGAGUUGUUGCCACGGAGCUCGGGAGGCACACUGGCCUUCACCAAUCACAGUUCUCGAGCUCUCUGCUCAGUCCCUUUUUCUCAUUGUUGGUGAAAAGCCCAGAGCACGGGGCCCAGCCCAGUGUCUACCUGGCCGUGUCUGAGGAGCUGGAGGGGGUGACGGGGCGGUACUAUGAUGUUAUGACCGAAAAGGAACCAGCGCCCCAGGCCCUGGACGAUGAGGCAGCUUGUAGGCUGUGGGAAGUCAGCAGCAGGCUGGUGGGUCUGGAGCACGAAGGACAGCCCAGCGUGUCAAACCCAUCAGCGGAAGGCCAGAACAAAGCUGCACAGACAAACCCAGCGCAGACACUCGGGCAGAAUGUAGGAGCAGCUGUCAGCACUGUAGGCCUAUAGGUCCUCUGAGCCAGCAGGAAAUAAUGGACCUUUAUCACUUGAGCUGUGCCAGACACAGGAACAAUUCUCUGUCUCAGACUUUGAGUCUGAGUGUCUCUAUAAUAGCAGUCUUUUGUAUGUUCAUUUAUGUUCCUGCCUCAGGAUGUUCUCUCUUUUAAAGAGAAUCUGUAACUUUGAAACACACUUACGGAUUCAAAGUUACAUCCAGUUUGUAUUUCUGACUUUUCUCUGCUUGUUCUAGUGAUAAAAUGCAAGAAGUUUUAAAAUAAAGUGCUACCAUGUCAUUAUGAGCAAAAAAGUGAAAGAGGGUUUUCAACAUACUCCUAAAAACCUACCAUAAAACAAACAUAAUGUUGUUUUGUUUUUUAUGUCAAAAUCACACCAACGUCCUGCUUUCUGUGGAGUUGAAACCUUGCACAUUAAAAUACACACCAGCA